AUGACCCGAGCGUCCAAAGCCUUCCCCUCGUGGGAUGAAUCUCUAGACCUGAGCGAAAUCCUCAACCGCGGUCCCCAGAAACUACUCGAAAGCUACUCCCACAUUCCUGCCUCCGACGUGGAAAACCAUGUCAGAACCAUCGCCAAAAAAGGGUGGGACAUCAGAGACUAUCCUUGUUUCCGGAUGUUCUGGUUUCUAGACUUUGAUCUAUCUCGCUCGCCUCAGUAUGCGAGAGUCGUCGAGCUGCUCAAGUCAGGUGCGCUGUUCAUCGACCUCGGUUGUGGAGUCGGCCAGGAUAUUCGCCGUCUCGUCUAUGAUGGCGUUCCGGGACAGAAUCUAAUCGGACUUGAUCUUUACGGUGGGUUCGUUGAUCUGGGGUUCGAACUGUUCCGGGACAAGCAGUCUCUGGGGGCUUCUUUUCUCAUCCAGAGCUUUUUCCAUGACACGGUCCCGUUACAGCAGCUAAUGGGCCAGAUUUCGGUCAUCAACUCCGGGUACUUUAUGCAUCUAUGGGACUGGGACGCGCAGAUCAGAAUCGGUCGGCGGAUGAUGGAGUUGCUGCCGACUGCGGGAGGGCUUGUGACGGGAGUCCAUUUUGGAAGCCAAAGAUCGGGGAGAUGGGUUCCUGAUGGGGGGAAUGAGAUGUUUCUGCAUGAUAAGGAUACGCUGACUGCUAUGUGGACGGAGAUUGGAGAAGUUUCUGGUGUUCAGUUGAAUAUAGAAGCUAUUGUCCAGGAAGAUACAAAGUGCGAAUACUAUGAUACAGAUGGGUUCAUUAUAAGGUGGGUGGUGCAAGUUGAGAGUCGUGCGAACUGA